AUGAAUGGGGGAGAAGUUCUGAAGCGAUUCAGAAAGGCACCUUCUGAUGGCAACAAAGACCCAAGAUCAGAGCCAAAGGGCAACCGGAGCAGCUGGAAACACCUCCAAAAGUUACAGGAGGCUGCAGUGAAGAAUAGGGAUGAAGAUGCGUCGAAACGGCUGAAGCACGACAAGAAGAGUAAGCCUGUAGAGCCUCAACAGCGUCAAGAGUAUCAUGGUGGUGCUGUUUUCUGGAGUCCCCAGAAGGUGAGGGAGGCAAAGGCCCGAGAACAAGUCAGAGCAACCACAGAACUGGAGGAAAAGCUUGCAAAAGCAGAGACAAAGAAGCUGAAAGAGGCAGCAACAUUGUACAAAAAGAAGAUGCAAAAAGAAGCGCGGGUUGUGCGCAAAGCUGCGAAAAAGAGAGCCAAAGAAGAGCGCAAAAGGGCGGCUGAGGAGAAGGCCGCGAAACAAGCCCAACAAGAGCAGGAAAAACGCGAUCGCGACGCUCAAAAAGCUCCCAAAUCGUCGCAAUCAGGUAAAAGAGCAAUCUCAAAAGCCACAAAGGCGUCACGGUCAGAACGUGUGUUGUGA